AUGUAUAUCCAAUACCGGCUAUUCAGCGAGCACUCCCUGUGGAGGCUGCUCGAAAUAAACAAAAGCGAGAACUACAUUUUGGCGAGUGAGCUGAAGCACAUCAUUUGCAAGCAAAGCAACAUCAACUACAACAACAAGAUUGACAUUUAUUUUUCCGUGUACAAGGAGGAUGAGGGGGGGAGUGCAGUUCGCGGCGCUGACCACGAAGUGGCCUUCCUGAAUGCGGAGGACAAAAUAUACAAUGGGACGAAGAUUCUGAUCCAUCGGCACAUCAAGAAGAAGUCCAAUGUGAGUGAUAUUACUCAUGAGGCAAAAAAAGAAAUAAAUGUUGACAUAAGGGAAGAACAAAAAAUAAACAUCCCAAGUGAGUUCCUAUGUAAAUUAUGUAGCUACAUUUUAGUCGACUCACACAUCCUUGUGUGUAGUAACAACUGUGGGUACUCCGUCUGCAAGACGUGUAUCUUAUUCUACAUUUUGAACCAGUUGGUUGUCCAAGAUGAGAAGAAGUCCUGUGCAGUUAUUGACCUGUCGAGAGUUAGGGAUCAUUCUAUACAGUGCCCCCUCUGCAACGGAUCGUUAAAGUAUUGCAUUUGGAACAAAAAACUUGAACUGACUUUAAAAAAAAUUGUAGACGAACGGAGUGACAUCGACUCGUUUAAGCUGAACGUUGAAGAGAGGAAUAGCCGUUUCCUACGCAUCGUGGAAAAAAUGAAAAUUGAAAAUUUCCCCCCAUCGGGUAGUGGCGCCAAAGAGAACAUAUUCGAGAGCGAUGUGUUCAAGGCGAUUGAGGAGAAAUAUAUUCUCUCCAGCGGGAACAGAAAAACAGAUGAACCAUCCAGGGAAGAGGAAGUGAAAAUCACGCACCACUUCCUCUACCUGAUGAGUAACAACAGACAGAACUGCACAAAGGAAUUCAACAUGAUUUUCCUCGAGUUUGAAAAUCCCAUUUUCGACACGGUGCAGAAGAUGAGCUUGAAAGCUGUGUAUGAUCAGCAGGUGGGAAAAACCACCGAAAGGGAAGCGACAUCAUCGGUGAACGGUGUUGCGAAUCGGAUGGAUGAGGAAGGAAACGGAAGCAUCACGCAAAACGCGCCUAACCAGCCACUUCACACCGAUGCAAAGGAGGAAAAGAAGCCAAUCGUGGAGAACGCCGAGGAUGACGUCGAUGAGGAUCUGUACAGUCAGAGUAGAGCCUAUAUCAUGCCCAUCUCAUUCGUAGGGGGGGAAACGUCCUACUCGUUAAUUGGUGUCUUCUAUGUGAAGGAUCUAUUCAAGCGGGUGUCAGCCGGAAGUAUCGGUGUGGAUCAGGCGAAGCAGGAAUCCAUUUUGAAAACCUUUCUACAGAAGUGGUUCUCCGAUGAGGUGAAGACUAAUCAGAACCCAUCCGACGUAGUGAACCCUUUGGAACGCCUCAAAUCAGGAGAUGUGUACACCCUAGAGUGGGUUCACAAGUAUGAGAAGACGUGCUUCUUCCCGGCGAGGAAACAACCCAUAUAUAACCUCAUCAAUAGCAGACGGCAAAGAAGUAGGAAAAAAAACAACAUUGAAAUAGUGCUGGAUCUGAGGAAAUUCUUAGACGUCGUUUUGAGUGUAAACAACUACAUAAAGUAUGGCAGUCGCCCAAAUAAUUAUGAGGUUAAGAAGGGGGUGGGUCCUCAGGGUGUCCUACCCUCCAAUGUGGAUGAUGAAGAAGGGAAAAGGAAAAUGCUACCCACCAGGGUAGAUAAUAAGCUAGCAGAUGCGGCUUCGUGGCUACACAACAUUGGCAGUGCUGACGUUAAGGGGAAUCAGAAUGAUAUGGCGAAGGACAGGUUGGCAGUUUUGACCACCGCAGGGGAGGCAUCAUCUGCGUCAGGUGGAUUAACGAAGCAGUGUGCGUUUCAGGAGAUCUUCGAAGUUUUGUAUGACACGAAAGUUCCCCCCGUGACAAUUGGGAACACCUUCCACGUUAGCAACCCCUAUGCUGACUAUUGUGCCCUUUUGCCUUUCUUAACCAAGGAGGAUUUCCUCUUCCUGCGAAAGCUGCAAAGGAUUUACAAGGAGAAGUACCUGCGGCAGCUGUACAGGCAUGUGCGUAGAAACGACCUGAGCAUGAACAUAUUUUUUAACGCCGUCAACUCGGUCUUCUUUUCGAGCCCCAGGUGGCAACCAUAA